AUGCUUUAUCAUGCAGAAAAGGUGAUUGCUACAGCCGUGGGACCUCGGACUAGGGCAGCACAAAAAGAUGAAUCGUCCUUGGCAAUUUCUGCUUCUCAAAAUGGAGAGGUCUGUGUCUGGGAAUUGAGUAGCCAGAAACUAAUUCAUGUUCAUCAUCAGCAUAAAAGCAAAGUAAUGGCUGUAGCUUGGUCGCUGUUUGAAUCGCAUUGGAUUGUUACUGGAGAUGAGCGAGGGGUUCUUGUCUCCUCUAGAUUUGGGGCUUCUGUUCUGAAAAAUUUCCACCCUGAAAAAUCCUGUAUCAACUGCAUUUCUUUUUGUCCACAUGAUCCUUACCUUUUGGCUGUUGGGUAUCGAACUGGUGUAAUUCUUCUUGUCAAUAUGUUAGACACUAGUUCAGUUGUGAAAAAAUUUCUUGGCCACAGUGAUGAUAUUACUUCUCUUGCUUGGUGCCCAGAACCUGGUGAAAUUCUUUGUAUUGGUCAGGAUUCUUCAAGUGAUUGUAAAGAUGAAGAAAGCACUUCACCAAGCAAUGAAAAUACUUAUUUACUUGCAUCUGGCAGUAAAGAUCAAGUAAUUAACAUUUGGAGCAAUUCCAAGAAUCAUUUGAUUUGUUCUAUCAAAGUUCCCCAAGUUGUGUCAAAACGAGAAAAAUUAACUGAAAAUGCUCGCCUCUGGCUUGCUCUUCAUUGGCCUAAAGAGGAACCUUAUACUUUGGUAUCAGCUGUGCAAGCUGGCUCUAUGAUCAGUUGGGAUCUGAAACAUCCUGGUCGAAAGAAAUAUACUGUAUUUGAAACCUCUGCAGGAUGUUCUCAUAAUCGAGCAAUCUUCAGUAUUGCAUCUAUGGCAUCAAAUGGAAAUAUUUUGUGUACCAUUUCUCAGGAUAGAAAUAUGGUAUUUUGGGAUUUCAAACAUCGGAAAAGCAUCCAGGCCAUGUCCACAUUUGGUGGAUAUGUUUAUGCUCUUCAUGCUGUCCCUCUGAAUCCAGGUUGUUUAGCAAUUGGUGUUGGUGACAACACGGUCAGAAUUUGGAACAGAAACAAAGUUUCUUCUAACUUGUCUUUAGUUCAGAUUUGGCAACGAAUCAAAUCAAAAGUGACUGCGAUUCAAUGGCAUCCUGUUAUUGAAGGUUUACUGGCUUAUGGAACAGAGGAUGGUCGGGUAGGAACAGUGGAAGCAAAUACUCACAAACCCCCUACUUUGUGUUGGAGUUACCAUUCCAGAACUGUAUAUACAAUAGAAUGGGGCAAAACAACUUAUGCAGAAGAUUCAGAAACUGAGAAUCUUCCUGUAUAUUCUUUGUACAGUCAAGGAGAUGGCAUGAUUCUUCAGCACAAUCUCAAUGAAAAGGAAAGACCAGCUGAGAACAUCAAUUCCAUUAUUUUAAAUACAAAUGGAAAGAAAGAGUAUGGUGCUUUUCCAAAUCGAACAGACAUCAGAUGGAAACCAGAUUUUUCUUUGGUGGCUAUUGGCAAUGAUGAUGGAACUGUGGAGAUUUUCUCAUCACCUCAUUUGAAGUAUCUGUGUUCAGUAAAUAUAUUUAGUAAAAUAAUCAACUGCAUCUGUUGGCAUCCACUGUACACGACUGGUUCUGACAAGAUUUCCUCUUGUUCUAAUUGGCUGGCUCUUGGUUCCAAUGAUGCUUUUGUUCCAGUCAUUGAUAUAACUCUGCCCAACAAAGAUUCUCAGAAAACAUUUGAAAAACUGAUAAUAAACAGUAGUUUUCGCUUAUUAGAAGGCCACAGUAAAAGAAUAACUGGAAUGUGUUGGAGCAACCAUAGUGAAGGGCAUCUUGUGACUGUCUCUUUUGACAAAACUGCUGUGGUGUGGGAUGUGAAAAGUGGUGAAGCAUUGGCUCGUUACACAGGCCAUUCAGGUCGUUCAGCAAAGAUUUUAUUAUUUCAUAUCACUCUCAGACUAAUGUCUAUCUUUUAUUUGAAAAGCUCUCUGAACAACACAAGAUUGGAUUAUUAG